AUGACUUACUCUAUCUGGAACGGUUUAUGCGAACAGCCCACUCAGCCAGUGUCAACUGAAAAGUAUGCAGCGAUUGUCUACGAUGCAACCACACAACUCCAUGAACCCAUUGGCUCCAUCUUGUCAACUCUGGAUCGGCGCGCCAUGGCAUUGUCAAAGCUUGCCAACUUUACUGCUGCGCUUCGUGAUGCAAGAGUUAUGCAACAAAUCUCGCCCUCUUCACCACUUGGAUACGUUCGUGAAGCCACCAUUUACAGCGAGCAAGGAAAACAGCGCGAUGUCAUUGAUGUUUGCAACAGAGGGAUGAUGAUAGUGGAGCGAUAUGGCAUGUACUAUGAGGUAUUGAGAAAGGCCAAGGCCGAUGCUGAGCGACGUGAGGUCACACGAAUCGACUUUAUCAGGCAAUUACCAAUCGACAUUGUUACAACAACGCUUAUUCCAAUGUUCGUGGAUGAUGAUUCUCGUUUGGAUACAUUGAAGCCAUGUCCCUAUUUACAUGUGUCGAAACUUUGGCGUGACUAUAUUCUCCAAUGCUUGGAUGGGUUACGUUUUGAGACUACGUACGAGCAAAAAGAGCAGGUUAUUGAGGAGCGUUGGCAAUUAAUCAAGUUUGCUCGACACAUCAAGGAACUGCAUGUACGCCGAUAUUCAGAAGGAACGUGGCUGUCGGAUUUAUUAUGCAACAAUGACUUUUCUUCCUUGAAGGAGUUGAGCCUAUUUAGUUUGGUACCCGGCUAUAGUGAUGACUUCACCUUGAUGUUGGGAUCGAUCGGCAGGACAUUGACGCACUUGGCGAUUUAUGGAGAGUAUGCUGACAAUGCACCGUUGGAUGUGAUACUAUCAAAUUGCCCCCGUCUGGUCUCGUUUACCAUACACCAGCCCAGUUGUGAUGACUUCAGCUCUCUUCCAAUGACAACGUGGCCCAUGAUGAAGACAUUAUCGGUUAACUAUACCGAGGAUGAUGAAUUCACUCGCAAUCAAAUCAUGAGCAUCUGUCAGCGUUUUCCUUCACUGACGAAUCUUGACAUUCAUCCAUUUCCUGACAUCGAAUCGGCACUGAUGAUCCCACAGCAUUGCCCAUUGUUGAAACGCGCUGAAAUUGUUAUUCAUGAUUGGCACAUAACCGGCUUCUUCUCCGAUGAAAGUACUGGACAUGAAGACCUUGUGGUUACGAGGCUUUCUAUUUACGAGGAUGAUUGGUUUGGAAAUGAAGAUUUUGUGGAUACGGCUCCUCUUUUAAACCGGUAUCAUGCAACAAUCGAGGUCAUCGAAUGGGACAUCACCCCUGAUAGAGACUUUCAACACCUUCACAACAUCGAGUACCCUCGGCUGAGGAAGCUAACGCUUGAAACGUCCGGAUCAUGGAUAUUACAGCAUGCACCUAUACUUGAAGAAUUGGUGAUAUCAUCCACAGUCAUCAACACCCACCCUGAAGCGCUGCAUACAAUACCAUUGACUUUGAAGAAACUUGAAUUCAAACUUGAUGACCUUGAAAACGAAGCAGCCAUCGGGACAUACCUUCAACGCGUCUCUCAGCAAUGCGAACUACAUGAACUUGUGAUUCGAAUCAACAGCUCCAAAGCCUCUCGCGAUGUGCUUGAUGCUAUCCCUCGUAUCAACACCCUUCAGCGUCUGAUGAUCAGUGUUUGCGGCAAGUGGAAAUCCUAUCGAAUGGAAAGAUUCUUUGAAGGUCUUAAGAACGUGUGUCGUAACCUAUCGUGUCUGGAGAUCGACGCCAUGAUCGCGCCAUCGGUUACUUCGAUCAAUGCGUUGAAAUCGCUUGAACGCUUAAAGCGAUUUACAUUUCCGAUCCAUCACAUGCGUGACUCUGAUAGCUUUUGGCAUGCGAUUCGAACCUUUCCACAGCUCAGCUGUAUACGGAUUUACCCUGAGAGUGCCAUCAAUCACGCCGACAUUCGAGUUCUUAAGGACCAUAGGCGUAGCAUGAAUAUCAUUGUGGAUGAUCAAUUUACACCGUUCUGA